AUAUAUAUUUCAUGUGAAGCUUCUGUUUUAGGAAUCUACUUAUGAAGAUGUGCUCAAUCCAAAGAGUUUUUGUUUGUCGUUUUGCAUCGCUUAGAGACACUUCCUGAACUAGAUCGUAUUCGUGGGCUUUUCUUGUCGCGCCUAUGAUGUUGAAUAUAAUUGCAUAAACUGUAUUAUAUCCCCCCCCCCCCCUAAAACAAAUUGUGGAAAUUAAUCUAGUUUUGGUACGUACUUGUCUUCUUUUCUUAACAAUUUUACUUUUCUUCCGGCCCAAAUUGUGGUGCUGUUGCUUUACAAGAGAUUUGAGAUGUAGUAAAGCGGAAGAAUUUGAAACAUUGUUUUCCUCACAGCCCAAAUUAAAAAAUAUUCAAACAACAUUUGGAUUUACACAGAAGAAACUCCUCUUAGAGAGAGAGAAGACAAACAUAAUGUGGGAUACAGCUUAUUACAGGAUGUACAUUUCCUUUUUUUUUUCUUACCUUGUUCUUGAUGUUAAUAUUGUUGUAAAUACAAAUUUAUAUUUAAACCGUAUGUCUCUGCUUUCUUUUUUACUCACGUUUAUCAUUACUUUGAAGUUGAAAGACAAAGGUAAAAAAACGUUUGCAAACUUACUUUUUUUGUUGCUCGGACGGCAUCAUAGCGACCAACAUGUAAGCAACAACUUCUGAGUGUCCAUUCAAAUAAUUGUGGACCUAAAAUGGAUGGAUUGAAAGAAGAAAGUGUCAUUUCACAUCCACUACAGUAGGUUGCAGUGGCGCUGUCAACAUCAGAGUGCGUAGUUAGGUACCAGUCGAGGUGAAGGUUUUCUUUCCACCAAGUAUGCGCGCACACACUAGAGAGCACAAGAUAUAAAUAUAAAGUUCAGUGAACAAACUCUUUAGCAAAACCAUGGAAAAAUAUUCAACAAUGGCAGAGAGGGAUUAAGAAAUAAUCUUAUUAAAGUUCUCCUUUGUCAUAAAUUCAAUUUUGCUUGUUUUAUUUAAUGUUGAGGAUACAACAUUAUACAGAAGUGUAUUUUAUAGAAUUAAAAAAGUCGCGGCAGAGAGUUGGGCGUGCGUGAAAGAUUUAUUUCUUCCUAGGAGUGCUUAACAGAAAAUAAGCCAAGGAGUUUAAUCAAUAGUUGUACUUUUACCAGUCUUUUAGACGCACGGCGAGUCCAUUGGACUGCACGCGCACAUGAGCCCGCCUUCUCUCUUUGCUGGUUAAACCGACCCCCCAUCCGGAACAGCAGAUGAGGCUCCGCUCCAGCACUUCGCACUUGUCAUCGCGAAGCGGUGUGUGUUCAUUUGUUUUGGUCAUGCCUCCGUUACUGUAACCUCUUGUUGUGGUUGCGUGCGUUUUUUCCCCCUCCCAAUCUCCUUUUUCUUCUUUAUUUUUGUUUACGUUUUAAUUCCCCACAAAUGAGUUCCCCGCUGUUCUUAGGGCAGUUGGUCGGGGUUCCCGUGGAAACAAUGAAUCCCGGUGCCGUGGAGAAAGACACGACUCACACGAAGAUUUUUGUCGGCGGCUUGCCGUAUCAUUCCGGCGACGCUUCACUUCUGAAAUAUUUCGAGACUUUCGGGGAUGUCGUCGAGGCAGUGGUGAUCACUGACAAACACACGGGCAAGUCACGAGGAUACGGUUUCGUGACCAUGGCGGAUGGCGCGGCCGCAGAGCAGGCGUGCAAGGAUGCUAACCCCAUCAUCGACGGCAGGAAAGCUAACGUCAACUUGGCGUAUUUGGGAGCCAAGCCACGCGGCUCACACACAAGUCUCUCUGCCGGGGUUCCCGUCCAGCAAGUUCAUCCUGCAUGGGCUCAAAGGCACUACGGGCUGGCUCAUCCUUACAUCUACCCUCCAACGUUCCUACAGCCCAGCCUGCUACUGCAGUCCAGCAUCGCCCCACCCUGCUUCACUCCCUCUGGAUUGGAACACUACCCGUACAGCCCGUCGCCACUGCCCUACCUGAGCUACAACUUCUCACCUGGAAUGUCAGCUCACGCUCUGGUCGCAUCGCAGACUCCGUCCGCCGCCACCUAUUCGCCUCUGGCCAUGAUCUCCGCGUUACCUGCCACCCCACAGGUCACCAUUCCCAACCUUGUGCACCAGCACUACUGCGCUCAGUGAGCAGCCCCGGCGAUGGGUCGGUACAACGUGGCGUCAUUGAAAAGGGCUUAUUGAAAGCGCUCCUGACUUUUUUUUAUGUUUGUUGUAAUAAGUCAUAAAAGUGUUGUUUUGUUUCUUCAUACAACCUGAAUGUUAGUACUGUCCAGGUCGGGACGAGAAUAAAUGGGCCCAGAGGAUGGAGAACACAUAAAGAGGCAGCACAAUGAUUCCUUUUUUUAACCUCUUUAAACUUAUCUGACUUGGUGGGCUCAUCAAAACAUCUCUAUUCUCCGAUACCCAUUCGAACAUUUUAUUGUGUUUAUCCUACCUGCAUAUAUUGAUGUAGUUCCUGACUUCAGGUGAUAUUUCGGUUCUUAUGCUAAAUUAGGUUGGACAUGACAACACUGGAUUUAUGCUCUUUUUUUUUAUGGGGGGAGGCUGAAGCAGGAUGCUUUUUGAGAUUUGUUCCGGUUGGAACAAGAAAGAUUUUUGUGGUUGAGUUCCAACUAUGGAAAUGUUGCAUUUUGAUCUCAAAAUUGCUUUGUUGCGAAAGGAGAGCGGAGCAAUGCAAUACAUCUCAGUGUCAGGUCGGAGCUUCUCUUGCAGCUCAUUGUUGUAAUCAGAGUUGGUUGUUUUUUUUUUUUUUCGGGCAGCUUUAGAAUGGGACUCAUGCUUAAGUGAAGCUGGAUUGGCAUCUCUUGUUUCUAUGGAGCCACCUUUGUUAUUUAAAAGAAGCCAUAUGUAAUCUUAAGUACUUUGUAAGAAUAUGCAAAAUAAAAGCAAUGUUUCCUAUGAUA